CAUGUGCGCGAAUCAAAAUGGUAUCUAAAGAGUUACAGAUCGGUUCUGCAGUUGCUGUGACAUUAGGCGUUACUGUACUUGUAUAUAUCAUAUGGAAAAGCUUACAGAAGACCAAAAGGAAGGAUUCUGAAAGCAAGUCUGAAAAUGAACAAGAUGUCCCAGCUAUUCCUGCUCCUCCAACUUCAAAAUCAACAGCAACAGAUGAAUCGAAACAAAAAUAUGUCGAAGAUGAAGAUUUACCCAAAAAGAAACCAGAAGUCAAAAUGCCAUUACCGAACAUUCCCGUUUUGCCAAAACCUGAUACUACUAAGGCUGGAGAAAAGGACAUCAAUGAUAAGACAGUAUCCUCUGACAAAACUGAAUCGACAGAGAAAAGAAAAUUGUCAGACCAAAUGCAGAGUGCAGAGUCAAAUGGUGAGAAUGACAGCGAGCCAUUUGUAACAGUGGAAAAACCCAAAGAAAUUGAGUCUGAAGAAACUGAAGUACAUGUAGUUGGCAAACCUGUGGAAGACACGUCUUCUGUGAAGGAAAUUGCAUCUGUUACCCAGAAAAUUGAACAAAGUGUAAGCAGUGCCAGUACAGAAGUUUCACACCUUGAAUCUUCCACUCAUGUCACUACACCACCAGAUCAUAAGAAAGUUGAAAGUGCUGUAGCAUCGGCAAAGGAAAAUGAAUCAUUCACAGAAAAAAGAGUUACUGACAUUCCAAAAGAAAAAAUAACUGAGCCUGCCCCUGUUGUCCCUGAGGAGCCAAAGCCUGCACAAAGUGCUAGUGAUUUAAAAUCUGUCACUACUGCUGUUGAUCAGAAGGUGGCAACAGAUGAUGUUAUGGCCACAGAUGAGGGAGCUGGUGAAGCAAUGAUGGAUAUUAGUCAAGUAGAUGAAGAAGCAGCAUCCUUUGCUUUAGAUUCUGAAGAUAAUGAAGCUGGGGCUGGUGAUGCUACUGCUCACUCACAUGAGUUUGACAACAAUGCAUCAAGCUUCAGUGUUGUUAGUAUGCCAUCAUCUGACCAGCCUUCAUUAGAACAAAAUGUUCCACCAUUCUCUAGCGCAGUUAUGAGUGAAGACACCAGCGCCUCAAUUGUAAAGUCUGUUGAUACUACUACUGAUGCCAAACACUUACAGGAGUCUGAUACUUACAGUAAUACAUCAAGCUUCAGUGUUGUUAGUAUGCCGUCAUCUGGCCAAGCAUCAUUAGAACAAACUGUUCAACCAUCCUCAAGCGCAGUUAUGAGUGAAGACAACAGCGCCUCAAUUGUAAAGUCUGUUGAUACUACUACUGAUGCCAAACACUUAAAGGAGUCUGAUACUGACAGUAAUACAUCAAGCUUCAGUGUUGUUAGUAUGCCGUCAUCUGGCCAAGCAUCAUUAGAACAAACUGUUCAACCAUCCUCUAGCGCAGUUGCGAGUGAAAACACCAGCCUGUCUGUUGGAAAGUCUGACCCUGGUUCCACAGAAUUAAAAAUUAAAUCUGAAACAACACUACCAAAAACCACUUCCCUUGACAUCAAAGAAGCUGAGCACACAUCUAUUGGUGACACUAAGGAAACUAGUCCAGUUCCAAAAUCAGAACAGGAAACCCCUUCCAAGGAGUCUGAAGUUAAAACACCCACCAAACCUGAUAUGAAACUGGAUUCAAAAGUUAUCACCAAUGCUAUCCUGACAGCCCAGAGCACACCUGCAUCUGUAGACAACAAGACAUUGAAAAUCCUGGUUGAUCUUCUGCAGGUCAGAGAUGAGAAGCUGAUUGAGACAGCACUCGACUGCAUUGUCAGAUGUGCUGCUUUUUCAGUUAACCACGAACCACUGAGAGAAAACCAGUGUCCAGCUGAGUUGAUCCGUUUGCUGCAGUCCCACAGCGAGAUCGUAUCCUCCGGUGACCGCACAUCCGAUAGUUUGCUGCUGUCCAUUAACAACGCUAUAAUGAACCUUACUACUGAUGUUUUAAACCAAAAACAGUUGGAAGUGUGUAUUCCAACACUAAUAGAUUUAGUGAUGCAUGAGGGAAUAUCUUCCAGUGUCCAGCUGUCCUGUCUUCAACCACUGACCAAUCUGGCAACCACGUCUGCAUACCAUGGUGAAUACACCCGUGCCAUUCAGCAGCUAUAUAUCUUGCUGGACAGUGGAAAUCGUGCUAUUCGGAUACAAGCUUUAAAACUCCUUGUCAAUCUUUCAUGUAAUGCACAUGUGGUCAAGAACUUGUUAGCAGCCAAGGCUCCGAAUUGUCUUAUGGAACUGCUUGACAAAUCAGCCGAUGCCAACCUGACGCUAAGGAUGACAACGUUUCUCGCUAACGUUGUAACAACUGUCAGCAAGGAAGAAAUGACUCCUGAAUCUCUGCCAACUGGGGACAAGGCGGCCUCCCCCGAGACGAUGUUCACAGCCAUAUUUGGUGUUAACAACAUCAGUAAAGUGAAGAACAAAGUGUACUCUCUGACCCGCCACGAUUCCGAGGACAUAUCUCAGCAGGCUGCUCGGCUGUACAGUGCUUUACCGAAAUGAACUCGCUGCGAGCUGCAGGUUAAACUGGCUACUUGUGAUAAACAGAAUAUAAAAUGGGCAUGGCUAAACAGGAAUUCCUUUAUGUAAGGAAACAAUUAAGGUAUAAAGUCUCCAGAAAAUCAGGUUCAAAUUAAACUUUUUUUUUUUUAAAUGACAAAGUAAUAACUAUUUAGGGAUGACUAACAUUUCACAUAUCAACAAAAUACCAAAUAUUUGAUUUGACUUUGUUUUUGACAAGUGUGACCACACCACUGCAUGUUUAUCAGUUUAAUCUGAGAUAUGCAAAACGCCACACCCCUUGCUAGAAGAACCCACACUUACCCUGUAAGGCCCACUUUACAUUAACAUGUUUCCACGCGUGGUUUAUUGUGUUAUUUCCGCGCGCAGAAAUGUGCUUUUCCAUAUCUGUGUUUUCGUAAGUGGAGUACUAUACAAAGUUUUACGUUGUCUGUGUGUAUUUUAAGCUGAACGAAAUUCUUCAUAUUAUGACGUCACCACUCUAAAAAAAAACUUGCGCGCAGAAAAAUCGCUCAUCAAACUAAAUGUUUUGCUGAAUACCCGCGUGCGGAAUCGCAUGUAUGGAAAAGGUUGUAUGUAAAUGCACUGAUCAAUAAACUUGUGCGAAAACGUGCACGAAAUCGCGUUGAUGGAAAGUGGGCCUUAUACACUUAUUAUUUUGAGGACCAAGAUUUUCUCCAUUUGACAUUUUAAGGAGUGCUGAUUUUCAAUUACAGCGAUUUUCCAAAAAUGAAGAUAUUUUAUUGGUUGGUGGGGAAAUUGAAGCCAGGCUGUGCUGUCAUAUUAUUAUAUGCUAUAUUAGCAUUUUUAAUGAUGAAAGACUAUGUUCAAAAAAGAUUCAGUGAAAAUAAUAAAAUGAAGUCUGGAUUGCUAUAAUUUUUAGUUUAAUGGACCAUCAAGAUGAAGUGAUCUUGUUUCUUAAACACUAUUUCUAUGCAUAUUACUAUAAUACCUUACAUGAAGGAUUUACCUGAUUGCCAUGGAAACACUUUGGGCUGAAUUUAGAAUUUACGAAGCCUGUUUUUUCUUAAAUACAGAUGUUUAAGCAUUGUAAAUGUGUGUAGUUACAUGGUGUAAGACAAAAGCAGGUUUCGUAAAUUCGACCCCUGUGUUUGUAUUAUGAUUAGUGUGUGCAGCAGGCUGUAUUUGCUUGGGGAACUGAACUCGCCAGCUUAUUUUAUGAGCAGUGUGCCACUGGAAAUCAGUUUUGCUUUGCUGCCUUUGGUUUAUUGCUUUUGUUUGCUCUCUUGAGUUGGGUUUUUUUGCUUUAUGUAAAAGUAGAAAUGUUUUGUUUGUUUAUUUUUGUUUUAGAAAUUUUCCUCCUGAUAUUGAAUAAUAGUUUUAUUUCAGGAAUAUCAUUAAAGAUUUAAGUUGGUAUUGAAAUAAAUUGCAAAAAAAAGAGACGAAAAAAUAAAAUAAAUCAGUUCUUAUUUCUUUAUGAUGUUUAAUCUUAAUAAUGUAUUUCACCCUUGGUAUGCAAAUGCAUUUUGCACACAUUACAACAAUAGUUUUCCACUUUUCAAAUCUAUUGUGCCAUGAUCAAACUCUACCUCGAUGAUUCAAACCACAUCGAAAAACAGUACUCGACAAGUCGAGUGCAGUAUAUCAUCGUCAUGGCAUUUCUUUUGUUGAGAAGUCUGGUAUGGAUUUUACAUGUAAGGAUGUUCAAUAAUUUGGGAGACUCCGUGAUUACUAUACUAUGCCACAUCUCUUCCUCUAUGCAUUUUGUGGGUGGUUAUUUCCACACCCACCCCCUUGUGAUCAAUUCUGGAAAAGCCCCAACUUUGAAUGUGAAGUUAUUUCAUUGAAGAGACCAGUUAGUUAAAUCCAUACAGCUUCUGGCAAAAUGAUAACAAAAACAAACCGUUGUGCUCACAUGCAGAACAAUAUAUAUAGAUCUUAUCUGUUACACAGUAUUUUAAAUUUACUGUUGUAAUUAAAUUAUGAAUAAUAAUUAAAAUUCCUGAAAAUUUUAUUUUAGAAAUCAUGAAAAAAUGUGUAUUUGCUUUUGGAUAAUUUUACCCACGAAUCAUAGCUUUAUUAAAUUCUAUUAUUAUGCAAAACAGAUGAAUAUUUAUAUCUAACAUAGUUAUGAAAUUUAUAGUUAAUAUUGUAAUGAAAUUUAUUAUUAUGAAAAUUAUAAUUAACAUAAUUAUGAAAUUAAAUCACCAUAAUUGGCUUUGCCUAGAAUAUGUGUGAGAGUUUAUCAUCAUUACCUGGUAAUAUCAGAGUUUAGCUAUUUUGUUUUUGUUUUCUUUAGAUGUAAUGCAUUGCAGUAGAAAAUAUUGAUAACUUCAUAUAUAUGCAGCAGAUUUCAGAGCUUUAGAUUGCAUCGAGGCAAUAAACCUGCCCAAAAUAAUCAAGCACGCCCGCCCCGGAUCUGGCCUCUGACUUUGCCAGUGACCACCUCCGGGGCGGGAGGGUGAAUCAAGUUAUGGUUGAUUGUAGUGGCUUGUGUAUAAGCUCUACAACUUUCACAAAGCAGUCAUAGGGUAGUAAAUACCCCUCUAACAAUUUAAAUCGUUGGUAUGAAAAUGUUAAAGGGACAGACCCUAGUUUCAGCUCAUGGAAAUUAACACUAAGUUUAGUUAAUCUACAAACCUGUACCACAUUUGGAUAAAGUUACAAUUGAGAGAAACAUUAGUCUGUGACUUUGAAAUGGUGAAAUACCCUCUAAAAAUGGACUAAAACUUGAUUCCAUAACAAUUAUCUCUCAGACGCACGUGCAUUUUUAAAAAUAUGAGAAAUCCAUUUUGUGAUAUUAAAAACGCCACGGUGACCAAAAAGACUGAAUGUACGGAAAUAAAACAAUAAAAUCUAAGUAAAGUAAGAUUUCAGUUAUUAGAAACGGCUUUAAUAGUAAAAAAUAUGCCUUAGUGUUUAAAAACUAGGGUAUGACCCUUUAAUAAUGCCUUGAUAAUGACAAUUCGGAACGUCUCAAACUUGUUUGUAUUGGAAAUUUGCCAGUUGAUUUCUUACAUUAUAAAUUGCCAAAUGCAUUAUACACAAGUCACUUCCAUAUUUUUGUGUGAAGGUUGUAAAUGACAAAUAUUUUCAUAUCUAAUGCAGAGUUAAUUAAAAAAAGAAGAAAAAAAAAGUGUAUACUAGAUUGUUUUGACAAUGAAUUUGUACUGUUUUUAAAUUUAUCAACUUGUCAAAUUUGCCUCAAACCUGUUGUAGACUUCAGUCGAAAGUUGUGACAAUGAGACGUUGUGGAAUAAGGGAAAAGGUAUUUAUGACAAUAGUACUACAAACGUUUCAUGGAACAGGGCCCAGGAUAGAAAUUAGCAAAGCAGUCACACUGUGUUAAAAUUGUUACUCCCAAUCUAUGCAGCUUUAUAGUAUUAGUAAUGCCAUUAUCCAAGCAAUUUAUUUUGUUUUGUAAUUCCUAAAAUGGCCACCACACUAAAUAAUUUGGGCUACUGUAUUGAUGAAAAUACUAGGCAAAAAAUAAAUGCUUACCCGGUAAUACUCCAUUAACAAACUCUGACGUCUGUUUAAUUUAUAUUUUUGUUUCCUUUCUUCAGGAUCCUUUACAAAAAUAAGGCAACAUUUUGAAUCUCCUUUAGAACUAAGUUCACCUAUUGUAUGUUAUUUUAACUUUAUUUAUUAGUAUUAUAUCCAAAUUAAAUAUUUGGCACAUAUUGUUCAUAAUAUAUGCAAUUAAAAAUGGCCACAAAAUAAAAUGAUGGAUGCUUG